GACGUGCCAUGGCGAGGGACAGACUGGAGGGGAAGGGAGCCUGCGUGCCUGUCCCAGGGGAGGCCGGGACUGUUGCCAACUGAGAUCAUCCUGGCGGUGGGAGCCCAGGAUGGUGCUGGGUCCUGCCUCACCUGGGGAGGGGCUACUAGGAGCCCUGGCCCUAGGCUUUUCCACUGUCUUAAAGCCUCUGUGUCCCACUGGAGCCAGCGAGACGGGAAAGGGGCUCCAGCCCCCUCCUCUCCAACACCCUCCCUUUCCCACCAUCAAUUAUUCAUAAGCACAGAUACCGCCCUCCCUAGCAGGACUGGCUGUCCCUGUUCUCCUGCCCCGCCACACCCCAGCGCAGCCAUACUGCCACAGAGCCCCGAUGAGGAAGGACAGCCAGCCGGGUCUCGGAGACCUGGCCACAGGACUAGGCGGCUGGCUCUGCCCCAGUCUUCCUAGGGUCACAUCUCCUUUCCCUCAGGCACCUUCCUCCUUCUUCCUGCCAAUUUCCUGGUAACAGAAAGCCCCUGAAGAAGAUGCCCAUCCGGAUCUUCUGCUCUGUGUCUUUCUCCUCUGGAGAGGAGGCCUCGGGGCCCUUUGGAGAUGCUUGGGGUCCCCAGCUGCAGCAGCAGCACCCACGGAGCACCUCAGAAUCAGAAGAGGAGGAAGAAGAGAAAGAAAGGCCAUUGAGGAAAGAGGCCAAUGAAGGAGAUUUGCCUGUGGACUUAGUGGCCUUUGCCAGAAGCUGUACCCUCCAUGGUGCCAGUCAUGUCUUUGUAGAAGGGGGUCCAGGGCCAAGGCAGGCCCUGUGGGCAGUAGCCUUUGUUCUAGCCUUGGGUGCCUUCCUGUGCCAGGUAGGGGACCGCAUUGCUUAUUACCUCAGCUACCCGCAUGUGACUCUGCUGGAUGAAGUGGCCACCACGGAGCUCGCUUUCCCAGCAGUCACCUUCUGCAACACCAACGCCGUGCGGCUAUCCCAGCUCAGCUACCCCGACUUGCUGUACCUGGCCCCCAUGCUGGGGCUGGAUGAGAGUGAUGAUCCUGGGGUGCCCCUUGCUCCCCCUGGGCCAGAGGCUUUUUCUGGGGAGCCCUUUAAUCUGCAUCGCUUCUACAAUCGCUCCUGCCACCGGCUGGAGGACAUGCUGCUCUAUUGUUCCUACAGUGGGGGCCCCUGUGGCCCUCACAACUUCUCGGUGGUCUUCACACGGUACGGAAAGUGCUACACAUUCAACUCAGGCCGAGAUGGGCGGCCACGGCUGAAGACUAUGAAGGGUGGGACAGGCAACGGGCUGGAGAUCAUGCUGGACAUCCAGCAGGACGAGUACCUGCCAGUGUGGGGGGAGACUGAUGAGACGUCCUUCGAAGCGGGCAUCAAAGUGCAGAUCCACAGUCAGGAUGAGCCUCCUUUCAUUGACCAGCUGGGCUUUGGUGUGGCCCCAGGCUUCCAGACCUUUGUGGCCUGCCAGGAGCAGCGGCUCAUCUACCUGCCCCCGCCCUGGGGCACCUGCAAAGCUGUUACCGUGGACUCGGAUUUCUUCGACUCCUACAGUAUCACCGCCUGCCGCAUCGACUGUGAGACACGUUACCUGGUGGAGAACUGCAACUGCCGCAUGGUGCACAUGCCAGGGGACGCCCCAUACUGCACUCCAGAGCAGUACAAAGAGUGUGCGGAUCCUGCCCUGGACUUCCUGGUGGAGAAGGACCAGGAGUACUGUGUGUGUGAAAUGCCCUGCAACCUGACGCGCUACGGCAAGGAGCUGUCCAUGGUCAAGAUCCCCAGCAAAGCCUCAGCCAAGUACCUGGCCAAGAAGUUCAACAAGUCUGAGCAGUACAUAGGGGAGAACAUCCUGGUGCUGGAUAUUUUCUUUGAAGUCCUCAACUAUGAGACCAUUGAGCAGAAGAAAGCCUAUGAGAUUGCAGGGCUCCUGGGUGACAUCGGGGGCCAGAUGGGGCUGUUUAUUGGGGCCAGCAUCCUCACGGUGCUGGAGCUCUUCGACUACGCCUAUGAGGUAAUUAAGCACAAGCUGUGCAGACGCGGGAAGUGCCAGAAGGAGGCCAAGAGGAGCAGCGCGGACAAGGGUGUGGCGCUUAGCCUGGACGACGUCAAAAGACACAACCCGUGCGAGAGCCUCCGGGGACAUCCUGCUGGGAUGACGUACGCUGCCAACAUCCUACCUCACCAUCCGGCCCGAGGCACGUUCGAGGACUUUACCUGCUGAGCCCCGCAGGCCGCUGUACCAAAGGCCUAGGCGGGGAGGGCUAGGAGAGCAAGGCGCCCCCAGCUACCUGCCGCAUCAGCCCUGGGGACUCACCUGCACUUCUGGGCAGUCCUUUUCUCUUGUCUGUGGUGAGGAAGGAGUCUUGACCACAGAGUCCUCUCCUGCCUCUAUCCCAUUCUUUUUAUUUUAACAAAACUAAUCUGAACAAGAGAAUGGGGCAAGAGACCUCAGGCUGCCCCUCUCUGCUCCAUGCUGCCUCCCCUAGCUCCCAGCCUGAAUUGUGUCUGUCUGGCUGUCAGUCAUCUGAGUGUCCACCUACAUUCUGCUGCCACCAGUCACCAAAGCCCCCUCCCAGUGAGGGGUGGAGGGAAUCCUUGGGGUCUGGAAUUUGGCCCCAAACCAGAGAAUGUAUUUUAAGGGGCAGGGCUAGUGGGGGGUGUUCCCCAGCCUUAAGAGAUCCUCUCAGCCAGUGACUCCCCCGCAAUCCCAAAUCUCCGGGCAGGAACUAAAACCCCAGCCUACUCUUUCACGCCAUGUGGAAUUUCUAGGGGGUGGGGAGUCCUCUGAAGAAGUGGAAAUGGGGACAAGAUAUGGCCCUGGUGCUGUAGGCCACAUCCUGAUACCUACAAGUUCACCCCCACUCCAGCUCCUGGAGAGUAAUCUCAAGAAGCAGCCCUCUACAUCUGCAGAAAGACCUGGCUGGUCAGCUCUAGCUCAGGGUGAGGGGCACUGGUGCCGGACCUCACUGGCCCCUCCCCUAGAGAGCCCUCUGCAAGGGCCACAUCCAUAAAUUUUCUUAUGGAAUUUUCCCAAGUCCUCUCCCCCAACUUCAUCUGCUUCUUUCGACAACCUCAUCCGCAUUUUCUAUUUCUAUAUGAUACAGACUCUAUAUUGCUAUAUCUCUGUAUAUACCUUCCUCUAACCCUGUCUGUCUCCACCCCAUCCCCUCUUGUCUCUGAAAACCAUUCUCGCAGCCCAAGUUCCCCCUUCUGUGUUUCUUCCCCUCCUCUGUCUGAAUGCCUUCGCCUGUAUAAAGAAUUGGACUCUCUCCCCUGGUGUCUGUACUGUGUACACACAUCCCUCUGAGAAGCACAAGGAGACGACACGCGCAUUGUAACCUUCGCACUGUCUCGGUGGCGACAUAAAGGAAGCUGUGAAUCACAAGCUCUGCCUCUUUCUGGCCUCACCCUCUCUCCCCAACCCGGACACCUUCUCAGCCUUCCCUGCAGCCUUAACAUUCCCUUCCCCUGCUCCUCCUAUCCCAAUGCCCUUUGCCUGGCUGACUGUGGCCUCCCUAGGGAAGGGGUUGCUACAGAGGUAUCCCCCCACCCAGGGGGUAGAGAGCUGUGCUGGACACUAAGUCAAGAAUGUCAGAGACAGAGGGAGCUGGGGAUUGGUGAAUUAUGCAGCUGGGCCAUGGGGUGCCCACAGGCAGAUGCUAAAGUCCUCAGUCAGUGGCCUUUCUGGGUGCCCAGCCCCUCUUCCUUACCUGAUGCCCAAGCCCACCACUUAUAUUUUCUGGUGAGGUAUGGUUUGGUCAUAUGAGGAAAGAUUAGGCUUACAGGAGUAGAAAGCUCUGUUGUUCUGGCCUUCUCUACCUUAAAGAGAGACAUGAGAUAGAGGGCCUGCCCCACCUCCUCCACUGGGCACCCCUCCCAGGCCAGAGCCCCAACUCCUUUCCAGGUCUUCUCUGCCCACCUGUCUUUUGGUCUCCAAUUCCAGAACAGGACCCAUGGACAGGUCACCUGUGUGUUGGCCUGAAGUGGAGAAUAAGGCUAUAGGAUCUUUGGGAACUCUUGGCUCCUCAGAGAUCAGUCCUCCCCAGAGGGAAGCAGGAGCAAGGCCAAGAAGUGUGUGCUGGUUGAGAGAACAGCAGGCAGGGCUCUCUCUGGGUGACGCAUGCCUCUGGUCUAAUAAACUGGGUUCCAACCAUCUGUUCUUCAGUGUUGUUCUUUUUAUUCGAAUAGUAUUUAGGUAUUCCCAGAGAUGCCUAGAGCUGAGCUUGGCUUGGGAGGUGUCAUACAGUCAGGGGAGGAGUAAA